AUGCCUCGAAAGUCGGGCCUAUCACCACCCAGCGGUCAGCCAGCAGCCAGGCUAAGGGCCCAGCUAAGGACAAAGAGCGCCGGCUCGGAUGGGAAGACCAAGCAGCCGACAAAGUCUUCAAGCGGAUCAUCAGCUACUCCUGCCGCACCUGCUAACAGUGCCGCCGCCACCCCGAACGCCAGCGAAUCUGCCGGUUCCUCGACUACUGGCGCGCCUCUGACCCCGCGCCGUUCCCCCGUUUCCGACAAGACCGCCCCUGCCCCUCCUCUGGUCAUCAUAUCUGGUGCCCCCCAGCAGCCUGCUGCCAACUCUGAGAUGCCGGCCGACCCGAUUCCCCACUCCCCUCACAACCGUAGCUUUGGCUCGCCUGAUCGCCCUCUCGGCCCCGAUGGCCAGCCGACGCCGCCGAAGGCCGGCAACCCCCUGGUUUUAAUCGCGCACCCGCCCUUGAGCGCCGAGCUCGGCGGUAGCGAGACGGAGCACACAGAGCGCGCAGAGGGGUACACUCUCUCGCUGGAGGCGGGCCGCUUCGAGCUCGCGCUCGAGGUGCUCCGCGACGAUGAAACAGAAGACGUCGGCAGGCGCGGCGGCGGGGGACGCGGCCGCGGCGCCGGUACCAGGGGCCGGAACACGGGGCGCAACGGCGGCGGCCGCCGGAGGAAGGAGCCCGGGCCCGAGCCAGAACGCGAAGUCAAAAUCCUCCUCCGCCGCCCGGAAAAGGUCGAGGAGCCCUCUCCCCCCUCGCCCGAGGUGGCUGUAGACGAGUCUGGGGACACGACCGGCGACUCGCCCUUCACCCGCCUUCGCCCCACGCCGCAGUCGCAGGCCCAUCUCCCCCGUCCCACCGCUGUUUCCACCAAGGCCCACCCGGCCCAGCCUCAGCAGCAGCCGAAGCAGAAGAACAAGGCAAACGACGAUCGCUCCGACACGGGCCGCAACCGUGGUCGUGGCAAGGGACGGGGUGGUCGUGGCCGUGGACACUAUGGCGGCGGCUUCGUCCUCCUCCAGCGCCCCGACACGCUUGUGCACCACGUCGGCCGUGGCGAGUUUGACCGCAGCGGCGGGCAGCUCGGCGGAGGCAGCGGCAACAAUGACAGCAACGCGAACCAAAACAGUAACGCAGCUGCUGGUGCCGGACCCGGACCGGCUGGCUGGCGCCGCGCGUAUGCCAGCAACGACGAGCCGCCCCCGCCGCAACGCAACAAGGUCGUGCUCCUGCAACGCCCCCGCUGA